ACUUGAGGUGGAGGCACGUAAAUAAACUGAAUGGAUCAUAGUGCAAUCUGCAGUUACCUCAGCGAGCAUUUUAUCAUUGAAUUAUUUUCUCUGGGUGUUGUCGAGUGGAGUUGACUACUCUUGAAAACGGGCUGUCUGAGGAACGAGCUAAACGUUUGUUUCGGACGUUUAGUAAUGUAACAAGCCACAGACAGUAUGUCGAGUGAGUAACUUCAGUGAGGACAUACCAGGCCUGCCCAGUUAAACAGACAGAACAGAAAACUCGAAUUAAGGAACUGAAUACUACAGAAGACGUAAGAUAACAUUCAUUUCAGACACAAAGCGAACCUGUAUGAGGUUAAUAGAGCUGUUGUGGCGUGCGGUCGUUUCAGGCUGCGUAUUCAAAAGCUAACGUUCUUAAACGUUUUUGGCGCGAGCGUUCGAUUACUCGUCGCUUGUGGGACAGUUUACACAUCAGUAACGCAUCUGUGGCCAAUGCCACCUGCUCACCAAAGCCAAAGAUUCAACGGAAUACAAAAGCAGGCCAGAGCAAGUGCGCUAGCCACGUCGCGUGCACUACAGCGGUUCGCGGUCACAAAGAUCUUCAUUGGUCUCGAUGUAUGGUUUGAGUUAAUAUUGACAGAAAACAAGUGCUGAAAUGUCAGAUACUAAUAAAGAAGUAGUGGAUCUGGUGUGGGGCAUACCUAGUGGUGGGGGAGUGCCUGUAUCCCUCUUCCGCAGGUGGUCACAAGGCUUUGUGUUCAGUGAGGCUGAACGCUCUGCACUGGAGCAGUUUGAAGGUGGACCAUGUGCUGUUAUUGCACCUGUGCAGGCUUUCCUGUUGAAGAACGUUUUGUUUAACACUGAAGGCUCAAACUGGAAAGAUAUCUCAGAGGAAGAGCAGAGGACAGUCCUGUGCUCCACCCUCAGUGAGAUCCUGGAGUCUGCCUGUCUCAGUAAGACACAGGCCUUUCACCUGGCCACCUUGCCUUGUGCUAAAACCACAGACAGCAGUGACAUCACUGACAGCCACCCAGAGCCCGAGUCCAGCCAACCUGCUGACACACCGACUGCUUUGGCUGCUGAGGAGCUUGGCUUUGAGAGGUUUCACAGCGUCAUACAGAAGAGGACUCUCAGGACUGUUGGAGAGUUGAGAGAGGCGGUGUUGUCACUGUACGACACUUGGAAGAACAAAUUUGGGGUCCUGCUAUUCCUGUACUCUGUCAUACUUACAAAGGGAAUUGAGAACAUAAAGAAUGAGAUUGAAGACACCUCUGAACCUCUGAUUGACCCCGUGUAUGGCCACGGCAGCCAAAGUCUAAUCAACCUUCUGGUGACGGGGCAUGCUGUGUCUAACGUGUGGGACGGUGAUAGAGAAUGUUCUGGAAUGAAGCUUUGUGGCAUUCAUCAGCAGGCGUCUGUUGGCUUCCUCACACUAAUGGAGUCACUGUGCUAUUGCAAGGUUGGCGCGUUUCUCAAAUCUCCAAAAUUCCCUAUUUGGAUCCUUGGCAGCGAGACUCAUCUCUCAGUAUUCUUUACUAAGGAGAUGGCUUUGGUGGCCCCAGAGUCUCCUUCAGAGCAGGCCAGAAGAGUCUUCCAGACCUUUGACCCGGAAGACAAUGGGUUCAUUCCAGACACACUGCUUGAAGAUGUUAUGAAAGCGUUGGAUCUCGUCUCCGAGCCAGACUAG